CGAAAUGUUUAGACUCACCACUUGUAACUACGGACAUACACAGACUUGAAUCACAGAACUCUAUGACAAGGAGUCAGUGUACAAUUCCUCCUGACAAGUUUUGUAUUCAGAUUUUGUGUGAACUUCAAUUGAGAGAUUGUGUGGAUCAUCUCCGAAUCCUACUCAUUGCCUUUCUCAAUGGCGGUGUUUACAGGUGUCCUCAGUGUUUUCAAUAGAGCCUCGCAGGUUCUUCUUAAGAAUGCUUCGUCUUCUCAAAUCUGCAACCCAUCACAGCAUCGUAUUGUGACUUCGAGUUGCGGGAUACAGAUGCCGACAAAAUGUCCGCCGUGUUGCAGCAACAGACUCAGCAUUGAGGACAAGAUAUUGAACGGGAACACACUACGCUGUGCCUACUAUUGUUGCAUUGCUACUGAAAUGAUGGACAGUUUCGAAGCGAAUGAUACAUGCACCGUCUGACUCCUACCACUGACAAUGGUUUAACAGCCAGUGCAUGCACUUGCUGCCUGAUGCGGAUGGUGGCUAACAAUGUGCGCCCGGCCAUGAUCCUGACGAGGGCGGGACACUGGUUCACGAUAACGUCGCUGACGGGCGUCUUCACGACGACCACCAGGUUCCGGCUGAAUGACGAGAGGUACGCGUCCACGCACGACGGCCGCCGAGUCGCCCGCGUCUUCACGCUGGAGGGCAGCACACUCACCUGCGUCGAGAGGGGCCACAAACUCGUCACGACGGUGUUCCACUUCACGGCGGAAGAGCUCAAGAUGACUAUAAUGGUGGACGACGUUGUUUGCACGAGGAUAUUUGAAGCUAUACGUGGCAUGGAAUUGGAGGGCUUCAUGUCUGCUCCUCACCAAGCUCCGCAUAUCGGGAAGAAGUGAAUGGUGGCGCAGUUUCGAAGAGUUUGCUUAUGCAAGAAACUGCUUCUGGUAUUCAUUACUCUUAUUAACUCCGUAUUCAAAAAUGGUUUGUCGCAGCUUGUACGUAAAAGUGUGUGUUGAUAACUGUCUGUUCACCAUGACCCAAAGUCUCACACAAUUUUUCGUCUCAGGGUAAUUUUAAUUUUUAUAUCUUACGUAAUAAUUGUUUGUUUUGUAAUCUAUUUUGUUCCAAAUCUGCAGUGCAAUCUGCCUUGUCAGUAUUAUAUAGCAUAAUGUACAAUGUAAGUGUUUUAUCAUAGAAUUAUGAUUAAACAGAAAAAAAUUGUC